AUGUUCGGCAGCACUGCGAACAACAAUGCCCCCGGCACGAGCGCUUUCGGUGCGCAGGGGUCAACCGGCUUUGGCAACACGACAUUCGGUGCCGCACCCAGCGCAGGCACUUCCGGAUUCGGUACUCCUGGCUUCGGAACGAAUGCUGGCACGGCUUCCGCCGGUUUCGGGACUCCGGGUUUCGGUAGCUCGGCGACUCCAGGAGGAAACACCACGUUCGGGACGCCGACCGGCGGUGCAUCAGCUACUUUUGGUACACCUGCAGCGACAGGCUUCGGCGCCGCGACAUCCACAUCGUUCGGUACACCUUCGGCCGGUGGUUUCGGUACGCAAGGGAGUACCGGUUUCGGCACGUCAGGAUUCGGGACCACAGGGACAAGUGCCUUCGGGACGCCCGGGAACACCGCCUUCAAACCUGGAGGGACCACAGGUUUCGGUGCGACAGGGACAACCGGUUUCGGCGCAACGGGAACUACCGGUUUCGGUGCGACGGGAGCAAGCGGAUUCGGUGCGACAGGAACGACCGGUUUCGGGACGACAGGGAGCACCGGAUUCGGGACAACCGGGACGACCGGUUUCGGUGCCACUGCCUUCAACCUGACAAGCACUACCGCGAAUACAGGGUUCGGAGCCCCUGCGACCGGAACCAGCAGCACCUUUGGUAAUACCGGCUCGAGUUUCGGCGCAGGAUUCGGCACGACGGGCUCGGGUUUCGGCACGACAGGAACUACCGGCUUCGGGAGCGGCUUCGGCUCCCAGUUCUCGUUCACGAAUAAACCUGCGACUUCGUUCUCUUUCGGCGGGGCCAGUGCACCCACAGCUGCGAUCGGAGGAGCUCAACAGCAAUCACAGCAGGCUCUCCAAGAUGUCACGCUAAUAGCUACCGCCGUAACCGUGCCGAUGAUCUACAACGAUGAGCGCGAUAAAAUUAUCGCAACUUUCAACCAACUCCAGGCGAAAUGGGGAAGGGGAAAAGGUUUCCACUCACAGUCUGGACCUCCGGUCAACUUCACCCCCGACAACCCGUUCUGUAAAUUUAGGACAAUCGGUUACAACGCUCUGCCCACCUACCGGCCGGAGGAAGGUCUGGUUUGUCUGCUGAUCAACAAACGAGUCGAAGAGGUCACGGGCGCUUCGCCUUCGUUCACGGAAGCGCUGCAUCGUGACGUAAUCAAGUCACAAAAUAUCUCGGUUUUCCUCGAUUCGAUCAACGAUAUGGGCAAUAAUCAAACCCAGGUCGUGGUAUACGUCUACGAGAAGAGUCCCACAGGAACGGGGAAAAAAUUCACAUCCGGAGAGCUCAUGAAUGCUUUCGAGCAGGCCAGCUGCAAAGCUGCUCUCGCCAAUUUGGGGGUUGUUAAUAUGACCGAGAUGACAGAGAUUAGCAAGAAUGCUGUAGAACAGUACCUAGCGAAUCCGCCUCCGGGCAUCGACGCCUUGUUGUGGGAGCAAGCCAAAGCGGACAACCCGGACCCCUCCAAGCUGAUUCCCGUUCCCCUGAUUGGCUUCGAGGACUUGAGCCGGAGAAUGAAAUUCCAGUGCGACUACCAGGAACGUCAGAAAGCUCGACUGGAAAAAAUGGCAGAGGAGGCGGCGGAACUCGAGAAGAAGUGCGAAUCCUCCAGAUGCCGGGUGGAAGAACUUCGCGAGAAGCAGUACAAUAUAGCUCAUCGCAUUCUGAAGGUCAUCGCCGCGUUCGAAGUCAACCGGAAAAUGGGUUUCGGUAUCCAGAGCGAGGAAGAAACACUGAAGGCUUCGCUGGAAGAAAUCCUCCGAGAAAUCGAAAUUCUGAGCACUGGAAAACUGAACGAGUUGCAAGUGGCUGUGAAAUCUGCGCCGAAAUCGGAAACAAAUGGAUCUACGCAAGCUGAAGAACCAUUAUCUGAGGACAUGCUGAAACUGGUGCAAGAGAUACAGAAAGGUCUGCUCACUCUGAUCAUGCUUCUACAAGAUGAUUCGAGGAAACUUGAUGAAAUUGAGAAAGCCCUAGCUCAUCCUGAGGUUUGA